CGUGUUGAUGAUCGCUGUUGCUGUUGUGUGGCUGUAUUUCAUGUUUAUCUUCCAGAUCCUUCCGCAUAUCCGUCUGGCCUCUUUUGCUCACAGCAGCCAAGUAAUCGAGAAGAGCUCCACUCCUCAUCUUCUCUGCCAGAUGAGUUUCGAAGGGGUUGAUUGGUCAUAAAUUUUUUUUGUUUGCUACCCACCGUUACCGAUUGAGAGGGAAUGGGAAAGACGAACAGAUUUUUUCCCACUAGGUGUUCGCUGAGUUUCCAGAUAAAAGAAAAUCAAAAAUCAAAAACAAAUCACCGGCUGUCUUCUGCUUUCCCUGCUUCGUUCCUUGCUACUUCAAGUUCGUGUUCUGCUUUUUUUCCCAAGGGUUUCUCUGUAAACAAGGGCUCCGAUAGGAGUGACGCAGAGGGGGUCUGCGGUGGAGUUUUGCUCGACGGAAGGUGA